AUGGGAGAAGCAGUUCUCAAAAUCAAAGAAAAAAGAUGGUCUCUCAAAGGAAUGACGGCUCUGGUAACAGGAGGGACCCGAGGCAUAGGGCACGCCAUAGUAGAAGAAUUAGCAGGAUUUGGCGCGCACGUCCACACCUGCUCCCGUAACCAAACAGAGCUUGAUCAAUGCUUGAAGGAAUGGAAAAGCAUGGGUUUUACAGUGACUGGAUCAGUAUGUGACUUGUUAGAUCGUGCCCAAAGGGAAAAUUUGAUCAAAACCGUCUCCUCCGUUUUCAGCGGCACGCUCAACAUCCUUGUGAACAAUACUGGGAAGGUUAUUGGUAAAACUGCCAUAGAAUUCACAGAAGAAGAUAUCUCAACUACAAUGGCUGCUAAUUUUGAGUCUGCGUACCAUCUCUGUCAACUUUCCCACCCCUUGUUGAAAGCUUCAGGAAAUGGGAAUGUUAUAUUUAUUUCCUCUAUCGCAAGUGUUAUGGCUACUUCCCAGUUUUCUUCUAUCUAUGCAGCAUCUAAAGGUGCAAUUAAUCAAGUUACAAGAAACUUGGCAUGUGAAUGGGCAAGGGACAAGAUUCGAGUUAAUACAGUUGCACCAGGGAUUAUCGUAACCUCAACAUUCAAGUCUAUGAUGGAUGAUCCUGAUUUUGUGAAUCUUAUUGAGCAAAUAAUCUCUCGAAAUCCUAUGUACCGGGCAGGGCAGCCUGAGGAAGUUUCAUCAUCGGUGGCAUUUCUUUGCCUCCCUGCUGCUUCAUACAUCACCGGACAAGUUAUAUUUGUUGAUGGAGGAUAUACUGUGAAUGGUUUCAGCUCAACUUAUAACAAAAACAAUUAAAUCCUUCAACCCUGAAGAUCUAAACCCUCAGAUGGUCGACGCUUCUA